CGGUCAAUGCAAAUGGCAACCAACGCCUGCGACUCUCUGCGAGAACUGUCUGCAUCUUGCGUGUGAAGUUUACCCUCAAACGCCCUAAAACUUUCUCGAGGGAAAGAGGAGAAAAAAAGACUGAAAAAGAGUUGAGGGAACGGACUGAAGAAUUGGUUUUGUUUUAUCAUUUGUUCGGGGAAACCUGAAGCGGGUAGUUCGUCUCCUUCUUGGAGUCUUUUACUUGGGAGAAUUGCCUGUUUCUUGGAACAUUCUUGCUUUUCAGCGGGAGGUUUUCGAGGUUUUUGGUUGUUUGCUAUUAAUUAUUACUAUAAACAUGUCGCAGACAAACUGGGAGGCUGAUAAAAUGUUGGAUGUGUAUAUAUAUGAUUAUCUUAUGAAGAGGAAAUUACAUGCUUCUGCCAAGGCCUUUCAAGCAGAAGGCAAAGUCUCGACAGAUCCUGUAGCUAUUGAUGCCCCUGGUGGUUUUCUUUUCGAAUGGUGGUCUGUCUUUUGGGACAUAUUCAUUGCCCGCACAAAUGAGAAGCAUUCUGAAGCUGCUGCUUCAUACAUUGAGCAGACCCAAAUGGUUAAAGCUCGGGAGCUGCAGCAGCAGCAACAACAACAACAGCAUCAGAGGCCUCCGCAGCAGCAACAGAUGCAGAUGCAGCAGCUUUUAUUGCAAAGGCAUGCUCAGCAGCAGCAGCAGCAGCAGCAGCAGCAGCAGAGGCGAAGAGAUGGUGCCCAGCUUCUGAAUGGCUCUGGCAACGGUCUUGUUGGCGGUGAUUCUCUUAUGGUGCAGAGCCCUGCAACUGCCAGUGCCUUGGCCACAAAGAUGUACGAGGACAGGCUAAAGCUUCCUGUUCAGAGGGAUUCUAUGGACGAUGCUGCUAUAAAGCCAAGGUUGGGAGACAAUAUGGGCCAGCUUGUGGAUCCUAAUCAGGCUUCAAUGAUAAAAGGAGCUGCUGGGAGUGGUCAACCACCUGGGCAAACUUUGCAUAAUACAUCAGGAGGUAUUCCGGAUAAUCUUCAACAAAAUCAAAAUCGGAUGCAGCAACUUUCUGUAACUACUCAGGAUAUAAAGAAUGAGAUGAACUCAGUGAUGAACCCUAGAGUUGCUGGAACAGAGGGAUCAUUGAUUGGAGUUCAGGGAUCAAAUCAAGGUGGUUGCAACUUGACACUGAAAGGGUGGCCUUUAACAGGACUGGAUCAAAUACGAUCUGGGCUUCUUCAGCAGCAAAAGUCUUUGAUGUCACCCUCUCAGCCAUUAAGUCAACUUCAGUUACAACAGCAACUUAUGCUUCAGGCACACCGAAGUUUGACAUCUUCAUCUUCCAAUGAUUUAGAAGGCAGAAAACUAAGAAUGUUUCUUAACAAUCAUAACAUCAAUCUUGGAAAAGAUGGCUCAUUAAAUUCACCUGGUGACCUAGUUCCUAAUGUUGGCUCGCCUAUGCAACCUGGUUGUCCCAUGUUGCCUCGUGCUGAUACUGAGAUGUUGAUUAAGUUGCAGCAGCAGCAAUUGCAGAAUAACAGUCAGUUGCAGCAAAACUACUCACAGCUUCCACUUUCAAGCCAACAAUCUCAGAAUUCAAUCCUUCAGCAACACGAUAAAAUGAUUGGUGCUAGCAAUAUGAGUGUGGAUGGUAGCAUGUCGAAUACCUUUCAGGGAAAUGAUCAGGUGUCAAAAAGUCAAAUUGGGCGAAAGAGAAAACAGCCAGUGUCCUCUUCAGGUCCUGCAAAUAGUUCAGGGACUGCAAACACCACUGGACCAUCUCCAAGUUCACCUUCAUCCCCUUCGACUCACACACCAGGAGAUGUGAUGUCUAUGCCUACUUUAACAGCUGCUGGUGGUUCCUCUAAGCCUAUGCUUAUGUUUGGCUCUGAUGGUAUGGGCUCCCUUACAUCAGCACCAAAUCAAUUGGUAAGUAUGGACCGAUUUGUGGAUGAUGGGACUCUGGAUGAUAACGUAGAUUCUUUUUUAUCUCAUGAUGAUGCUGAUCCUAGAGAUAGAGUUGGCCAAUCUGCGGAUGUUAGUAAAGGCUUGACAUUUACGGAAAUCCAGCGUAUCUCUGCAAGUACAAGUAAAGUUGAAUGUUGUCACUUCUCGUCCGAUGGAAAGUUGCUGGCUACUGGUGGGCAUGACAAGAAGGUUGUAUUAUGGAGCACAGAGUCAUUUGCUAUCAAGUCUACCCUUGAGGAGCAUGGCCAAUGGAUUACUGAUGUUCGUUUUAAUCCAAGCAGCCCAAGCAUGUCGAGGCUUGCUACAUCUUCAGCUGACAAAACAGUCAGGGUUUGGGAUGUUGAUAAUACCCAUCUUUGUGCUUCGCAGCCUGGUUACUCUCUUCGCACUUUCACUGGACAUUCUACAGCUGUAAUGUCAUUGGAUUUUCAUCCUAGCAAAGAGGACCUUAUCUGCUCUUGUGAUAACAAUAAUGAGAUCCGAUACUGGAGUAUCAAGAAUGGCAGUUGCGCUGGAGUUUUCAAAGGUGGUGCAACACAGAUCCGGUUUCAACCUCGUCUUGGUAGGAUUAUUGCAGCUGCUGCAGAUAAUUUUAUCUCUAUACUUGAUGUAGAGACCCAAGUCUGCAGAUUUAAAUUGCAAGGUCAUAAAGGCCUUGUCCAUUCCAUUUGCUGGGAUCCAUCCGGAGAGUAUCUUGCAUCAGUAAGUGAUGACUUGGUUAAAGUGUGGACAGUUGGUUCUGGCAAUAAAGGGGAAUGCAUUCAUGAGUUGAGCUGCAGUGGCAACAAAUUCCACACCUGUGUUUUCCAUCCCACUUACCCUUCUCUGUUGGUCAUUGGCUGUUAUGAGACGCUAGAGCUUUGGAACAUGAGCGAGAACAAGACAAUGACUCAAGCUGCACAUGAGAGACUGGUAUCUUGUUUGGCAGUAUCAAAUGUUAUGGGAAUGGUGGCUUCGGCGAGUCAUGACAAGUGUGUCAAGCUCUGGAAGUGAUUUUGAUUGCGUUCUCUGGUUUUGCUGACAUUUUUGUCAAUCUGUGAAUGGAUCUUUAACAAAAUGUAAUUAACUAGGAUUCAGUAAAUUUUUGGGUGGGUGCUCUUUUUGCUGUUCUUUCUUUCCUUUUUGAGGGGGAAGCCAACCUAGUUGCGGGAAAGAGAUGUUAAGAAAUGUGCAGCAAUUGGUUUUAGAGUGAAACACAAAACUCUUUUUGCAGAUAGAUACACAUACAUAUAUGUGAAAUUCAGGUGUCACUGUUUAAAAAUUAUAAUUGUAAUCUCAUUGGCACUCUUGCCCAAGGAUAUUUGUGACCUGGGACCCA